GUGUGAGCAGGUGACAUGCCCCCUCCCCCCGUGGGCGGUGCAGUGACGUCAGGGGCGGGGUUUGCACGGGCUGCCUGGGACUUUGCUGACGGUCCCCGGCUAUACGGGAUGCUGCAGAGCGGCAGCUCCCUGAUGGACGAUCCGUACGACUCCGGGGCGCUUCCUGACCCCCCAGGCAACGAGACGGAGGACUGUUACCGCGCGCACUCGCACAGCACCGUGCUGCAGGGCCUGCCAUUCGGAGGGGUUCCCACAGUCCUGGCCAUCAACUUCCUCGCGUGGCUGCUGCUGCUCUUAAUCUUCUCGUGUUUGAGGAAGACGGCGUGGGACUACGGGCGCCUCGCGCUGCUCAUCGACAAUGACAGCCGCUGCAGCCCCUCUUUGUUCUCCUCCCGCAGUCUCACGUCUCUAUUUUACGGGGAACCGAGUGACAAAGAAAAGUCUCCGUGUGAGAGCAGCCCCCCCGACCUGAGAGCAAAGGACGUGGGAUUCUGCUCGUGGCUCAGUUCUAUUUAUCAGAUGAAGGAUGAGGAAAUCCAGAAUAAAUGUGGAGUGGACGCCAUUACCUACCUGUCCUACCAGCGCCACCUGCUGGUUCUGCUGCUUCUCGUUUGUGUCAUGUCCGUGGCCAUCGUUCUUCCUGUGAACUUCUCCGGGGACCUGCUGGGUGACGGUCCUGCCCAAUUUGGUCGGACCACGAUUGUUAACGUUCCCAUACAGGACCGCUUUCUGUGGCUGCACAGCGUGUUUGCUUUGCUGUACUUUGUUUUCACCGUGCUGAGCAUGCACCAUCACACGGCCGCCCUGCACGUCAGGGAGGACGACAAGGUGGCGAGGACCCUGAUGAUCAGACGGAUUCCUCAGGAGGUGUCCGACGCGUCUCUUAUCACCAAACAUUUCCACGAGGCCUUCCCCAGCUGCACGGUGACCGACGUCCAGUUCUCUUACGAUGUCCGACGCCUCAUGAAACUGGACAGAGAAAGGAGGAAGGCUAUGAAAGGCCGGAUGUAUUUUGCUGGACGAGCUCAGAAAGAAGGAAAAAUUAUGAUUAAAACUCAUCCGUGUUCCCGUCUGUGUCCCUGCGACUGCUGCCGAUUUCAACAGGUCGACGCAGAGCAGUUUUACGCAGAGUUGGAGGAGAAGCUGACGGACGAGUUCACCUUGGAAAGGAACCGAAUCGCGAUGAAGCGACUGGGGACGGCGUUCGUCACUUUCCAGGACGAGAGGAUGACGGCUGUGAUUAUUCAGGAUCAUGCGCCCCCCCGGUGCCGCCGCUCCCCCCAGCAGUCGUCGGUCACCCCUGUGCUGCGCUCCCACCAGUGGAAUGUAGAAUAUGCCCCCGCACCCAACGAUGUUAUUUGGGAGAACCUGGCCGUGUCGGGACCGGUAUGGUGGGCGAGCUUUGCUGCUCUCAAUUUGGCUCUGUUCCUGCUGCUCUUCUUCCUCACCACCCCGGCCGUCAUUGUCAGCACCAUGGACAGAUUCAACGUCACCCACCCUGUGGAGAACCUGCGUAAUCCUGUGAUCACUCAGUUUCUCCCCACGUUCCUCCUGUGGAUCUUCUCCGUGUGUCUUCCAUUUUUGGUUUAUUACUCCGCGUUCUUGGAGCGUCACUGGAGCAGGUCCAACGAGAACCUGCUGACGAUGCAUAAAUGUUAUUUCUAUCUGGUGUUUAUGGUCAUCAUUCUGCCCUCGUUGGGUCUGACCAGUCUGGACCUGUUCUUCCGCUGGUUGUUUGACACCCAUUUCCUGGAUGAAGCCGGCAUGAAAUUCCAGUGCGUUUUCCUCCCCAAUAACGGAGCGUUCUUUGUGAAUUACGUCAUCACGGCCGCUCUGAUUGGAACCGCCAUGGAGCUGCUCCGCAUUCCGGGCCUCACCGUCUACGCGGUGCGCCUGUGCCUGGCCACGACCGAGCCGGAGCGGCUGCACGUCAAACGGAAUCAGGCCUAUGAGUUCCAGUUUGGCCUCGAAUACGCUUGGACCACGUGUGUCUUCUCCGUGGUGAUGACGUAUAGCAUCACGUGUCCCAUCAUCGUCCCCUUUGGGUUGCUGUACCUGCUGCUGAAACACAUGACUGAUCGAUAUAACAUUUAUUACGCCUGUAUCCCCACCAAGCUGAGCUCCAGGCUGCACGUGGCAGCCGCCCGACAGCUCCUGGCCGCGCCGAUUCUCUGCAUCUUCUGGCUGCUCUUCUUCUCCGUGCUGCGCCUCGGCUCCUCGCACCCCGUCACCCUCUUCACCUUCGCCUCGCUCCUCCUCUGUUUGCUCUUCUCUGUUUUUGGGCUUUGCCUCCGGAAGCUGCAGCCGAAGAAACCGUCCAGUUACCAGAUGUCUGAGCAGGGUGAGGGGGUCGCUCAGGACGUGGAGCGGAGCAGUUUAUCAUCCACGAUCCAGUCGAGUGUAUUUGUGGCAACCGUUCUGCAGGAUCAGGAACUCUCCCCCCUAGCAUCUCCAGCUCACGCAUCAUAUGGAGCUCUGGAGACACGCGCGGACCCCUCGGGGGAGGAGCCAGAGACGGCCCCUGACGAUUCCCAAGACCCGUGCCAAUGAGGGACGCUCGGACAGGCCGGGACCUGCAGGUGUGGGUAUCCGCCAGCCACGGAGCCGUUUUGGGUUCUGUUUGCGGUAGGACUGUCUGCUGGUCGGUGUUUCCUUCCUGUUUUGCAAAGCGUGGGCUGGCUUAUGGCUCCUCCAGCACUGGGCUCCCGCUUGGGCUUUUACCCCCCCUCCCCCGAUCCACGUGUCGGUGAGUGCCGGAUCGGGUUAAAAUGUGUCCUUGAUGCCCCGAAUGGAAGAGGCCACGAGCUGCUGCCGGACUCGUCUAUAACGAAACUCCGGGGUCUUCUCGCUCGACGUGCACUCUGUGACGUGCAAACUGCCCGCUCCCCGCCAGACUCCCGCCAUCCCCCGGGCCCCCCACAAACUGCUCUCCGUCAGACUCCUGUCCUUCCUGUUGCCCGCUGCUCCCGGCUGUACAUUUUACCCCCAUGUGGGGAACAAACAGCUCUCGCCUUCGGUAAAUGUUAUUAAAGCUGCCGAUUUUGCCAAAUAUAAUUUUAAAUGAAA